AUGUCUUUUCGCAAGAGGAAUAUCGGUUUGUCUACUGGAGGCGACCGGCCCGCCGCGCUCGUCAAUUCUGCGGUCCCGCUGCAGCAGCCUGCCGUUCCAGAAUCGACACCGGGCGUGCGCCCCUCUCCCGAUGAUGGGCGACCGACGACUUCGACGGGCACGCCGUCGCUUGAUAAUAUCCUUGCUGGACAUGGAGGUUUGCCGAUUGGGAAGGCUUUGCUGGUGGAAGAGAAUGGGACUACGGAUUUUGCGGGGGCAUUGCUACGGUACUAUGCCGCCGAGGGCGUGGUGCAGGACCACAGGGUCCAUGUCGUGGGAAUGCCGGAGCAGUGGGGGAGAAGUCUUCCGGGCUUGAUCGGGCCAGCUGAUGCCGUGGAUGAGAAGCAGGACAAGCGGAAGGGCGAGCGGAUGAAGAUCGCCUGGAGGUACGAGCGUCUAGGGGAAUUCGGAGCAGGGAUAGCAGGGUCAAGAGUGCCUACAGCUACCCCCGGAGACCAGAGUCCAGCGACGGCGGACAGUAGUCCGGACAAGCGACCUGCGUUCUGCCAUGCGUUCGAUUUGACCAAGCGACUCACACACCCUUCGAUCACCAACCUCAACUACAUCCCGCUGCACCCGUCGAACGAGCCCUUGUUUACAACGAUCCACAAACGCCUUCAAGCCGCGAUCGCGUCGAGCCCUCCAACCACCGUCCACCGCAUCGUGAUUCCCUCCCUACUGAACCCCACGCUAUACCCGCCCGAGUCGAGUCAGCCGGACAGCGUUUUGCCGUUCCUGCAUUCCCUGCGAGCCCUGCUCAAUACGUCAGGUGUGCGAGCCACGGCCAUGAUCACAAUUCCACUGUCUCUUUACCCGCGAGCUUCGGGUCUCGUGCGAUGGAUGGAACUCAUAAGCGACGGCGUGAUCGAGCUCUGUCCCUUCCCUCACUCAGCCGACGCGCUCGCCACAUCAGGCGCGGCCACAUCCCACGAGGAGCCGCCGCAAGGCAUGCUGAAGACCCAUCGACUACCCGUGCUGCACGAGCGUGGUGGCGGAAGUGAUCAGAACGUAGGCCAAGAUUGGGCCUUCACGCUGAGCCGGCGGCGGUUCGAGAUCAAGCCGUUCAGCCUUCCGCCCGCCGAAGGCGACAAGGAGGGCCAGGACGGCGCGGUUUCCGGCGGGAUGCCCAAGAAAGCGGAUCUGGAGUUCUGAGCCGGGGAGUGGGUUUUCCGGCAGAAGCGCGCCCCCGAUUAUUCCUCGUGGUCCGAGUCUCGCAGCAUGUCGUCCAGCUCGAUCUGCUCGGACAUGGCGGGUCCGGUGUUGACCAUCGUUCGGAGAUAGUGUCUACCGUACGAGUCGAUGCCCGGUCCGGCGGGCGACGCGGAGAAAUACGAUCUCACGCGCCGGUUCCUAAGACAGGUGGAAAGACCAAGCCAUGCUUCGAGGCAUUAAGAGGUGUUUUGGACGGGUGCCUUUGGUGGAAACAUACCUAGAACCAACAACAGCGGCGCAAAGAACACGAAGAAUAGAAGCCAGAAGAAGCUCAUUUCGAGGGUAGAAUG